AUGUUUAAGAUUAGUCUAAUUACCUAUUUACUAUUACUAUUCACAUUUCUAUAUGUGGAGACAAAGUUAUCCAAAGAAUUACGUGCAAUCUACAAAUUUCAUAAACAAGUCCGUCAAGAUGUACAAAAUUGUAAGAUACCUGGUCAACCUCCAGCUGUAAAACUAGCAAAACUCAAAUGGAAUAAAUUUUUAGCUAAAAAAGCUAAACAACAAUCUAAACGAUGUAAAUAUGAUUCAAAUGAUUCAAAUGAUUUUAUAAUUGGUGAUUUUGAAUCAAUUGGACAAAAUCUAGCUGAUUAUCCAACAAUUGAAGGUGCUAUGAAGGAUUGGUUAAAUGAACAUAAAAAUUAUAAUUUUCAAACGAAUACAUGUAAUGGAGAUUGUAAAAAUUAUAAACAGAUGGUUUGGAAUACCACUGAAGAAAUAGGUUGCGGUUAUGAAAAGUGUGGAAAGAACUAUUUGAUUGUUUGUAAUUAUGCACCAGGUGAUUCUGAAGAAAGACCAUAUGAAGCUAAAUCCGAAAGUGAAUGUGAUAAAUCCGAAUGA